AUGACAGAUUAUUGGGUGAGUACGAAGAAGCAUUACUGCGAAACAUGCAACUGCUGGUUGUCUGGGCACAAAGUAAACAUAAAGAAUCAUGAAAAGAGCGCCAGGCAUAUCGAAAAUUUAAAGAAAGUGAUUAGCGAAUCGUUUAAGAGGAAGGAACAAGAAACGAAAGAGAAAGAGGUCCUCGAAAAGGAGUUAAAAAAAUUAGAAAAUGUGGAAAAGAAAUUGCUGUCUGAUUUGAAUAAAAAUGAGACAUCCCUCCAUCGAAGCGGCGACAUCACUUUGAAUGUUUCAAAUGCGCAUUCCAACAGCAGAAUUGGUCAUCGGAACAGCAGCAGCAAUAAUGAGCAAAUUAGCACAAGUAGCAUCGCCUGUAAUAGUAAUCCAGCUAGCCGCAAGAAGUGGCUUCUAAUGAUACAUGAAGAUACGGGUUCUUUAGUAUUCUUCAAUAGACUAAAAAACGAAAUUGUGCAUGACAAACCAAAGGAUUUUUUCGAACAUUUCCCCGAACAUGAAUCAUUUGUGGAGCAAAGUGGAUGGUACAAAUACUUUGAUUAUAACUCUAGCAAUUUCUACUACUUCAAUAUUUAUAGUUCGAAAAGUGUAUGGGAGUAUUCACUCAGGAGGAUAAAAAGCUUGAUGGACUUUAUCAAUCGGUGUGAACAGGCUGCACAGAAUAAUAUAAGUUCUGGUAGUGACACAGAAGUUGCAAGUCUGAGUAUGAAUGCCGGCCCCGUGGACAGUCCUCAUCAUUUCCAUUUCGGUGGACCUCCAUAUUACGUGAAUUACGCGCAAAUGUUCCCCAAGCACAGUUACAAUGGAUAUGCCACAUACAAUUCGUUAAUGAAUCCAAUAGAGACCGCGUCGCAGAUACCUCAAGAUACAAAAGAUGGGAUGAUUCAACAGCGCAGUAACAGCGGCGAUCGUAAUAUUCCUGUUAGUGAUGAGAGUCGUGUCAACAGUAGUAUCCAUCAUGAUAUUUUACACAAUGCAUCUCCAGCAAGGUGGGCCAAUCAGGUUGGUGGAGAUGGAGCAAGACAUGCAAAAGUAACGGACACCCAAGGGCGUGAUAGAAGUCCAGGGGGAAGGAAUGCAAUGAAGGAAGGAAAUCCAAAGGAGAAGACCCUCCCAUGUGAAAUGAGCGGAAACGAAUUUAGAAACAGUCGUAAACAUUUUGAAGACAAGAAAAAAAGGGCGAAUAUUUCUUUAUCGUUUAAGGGGAAAGAGAGCGGAGCUACACCUCGGCAUGGCAGGAAUGAGGAGGAGAGAAAAAGUAACAUGGGGGGAGAUGACCAAAUUGUGCAAAGAAGUACCGUACGACAGGACGAGAGUGCUAAACCUGGCCCAUGGGAAGUCGUGGAGAAUAAAGAUGUAGAGACAAUUUCAAAUGAACAUAUUGAACAAAUUUUUUACAAUGUCAAAUCGAAGGAGGAAAUUGAAAAGGAAGAAAUCGCACAGCUAGAGGAAGAUAUCCGUUAUGAAUAUUCUGAAUAUAAUGAAUUUUAUAUAAAAAAAAAAGAAUUAGAGAAUGAAGAAAUAUAUUUAAACCAAGAAUUCAAAUUCGUGGACAAACCUAUAUACAAGAAAGUGAUUGAUAAAAAUCGUGACAAGAAGGUGGACUUUGCCAGACGCAGCAUUAAGGGAAUGAAGAAUAAGAAAAAAAUUUCAUAG